GAUGUGAUGGUGGCUAGAAUGAAACAAACACAAGCCUCAAAAAUCAGCAAUCAGCCAACCAAGAUGUCAAGUAUGAAGACCUGCAAGGACAACGGGAUGACCUCUAGGCAGUCACUGAUCGGUUCCAGCAAUGCCAAGAGAUACAUGAGCAGGCAUUACAACGCAUCCGGGACCUCGAGCAGCAACUGCAGGAGUCGGAUUCAAAAUGAUCCAUCGAGCGUGUACCCUGUGUGCAUGGACUCGCCUGCGCCCGCUUGUUCGAGCCGCGCCCGAGCCGGCUUAGCCCCGCUCCCACAAGCCCGCGCCCGUGCGCCGUCGCGCCGGCUCCGUCGCCGUCGAGCCUUCUGCAGCUGGCGCUGUCGCGGCUGGCCGCCGAGCCUUCUGCAGCUGGCGCUGUCGCGGCUGACCGCCGAGCCCUCUGCAGCUGGCGCUGUCGUGGCUGAUCGCCGAGCCUGAGCCUCGGCCGCCGGCCCCCCGCCGCCGCUCCGCCCCGCGGCGGCAUUAUAUAUAUUUUUUUCUUUAGUUGAGACAUCAAGAGUCUUUUAAAACUCUAAAGUUAUUUUAGUUAUUUUUUAUUUGUAUCAGUUCGUUUUUUUUUUCUUCAUCAUGUAUAUUUUUUUUA